UAGGUAAACCCGGAUAGAAAGAAUGAGUGGAAGGGGCCCCACCAACAACAACAACACAACGCAAAGAAAGAGAAGCAAUAAAAUCGCUUUGUAGUGGGGAACGCGAUCGUAGACGGCGGCGCGCGGCGGUGCGUUAUGAUUCUAAAGCGCCGCGACGGGGGCCCCCCAGUGCUACGCGGGGCGUCGCGCGGUCACCACGGCGCCUCCUCCUCCUGGAACUAUGCCCGGAAGCCCCCGGACGACGAUAACGCGUUGUUCGAGCGCCGCGAUUUAUUGCCGACGCCGCCGACGACAAAAUUUUUAAACAAAAAUUAUUUUUAAAAUAUCGGACGAUUGUUUUAAUUAAAAUUAAAAAAUUAAUUAAUUUAAAAUUUUAAAAGUGGCGAAGAAAAAUUAAUUAAAUAAUUAUUAGUAAAGAAAAACGAUUUGCGAAGUCGACUUCCGGUCGCGUCGUGACGCGCGAUUCCGUUUUUUUUUGUUGAAACUGUGACGAAAACAACGUUUUUUGUUUGUUGCUGAAACAAAUAAUUUUAACGAGCAAAUAGAAGAUCGAGGAAGGCGUCGGGGCGCUUUUUUGGGGCAUUUAAUUUAUUGGAUUUGAAAAAAAAUGGAUCGAAGAGGUCGGUGACGAAGAGGUCGAAAAGAAAAGAAUUAUUUUGGAUCAAUAACAAUUUGUUUGUGAGGCGUUGGACGCCGAUUAAGAAACUAUUUUAAUGGUUUUCAUGGAUGAUUGUCGACAGGAAUCCGACAGGUGGGUCGGAGGAGCACCACGCCCUGGUUUACCACCAUCACCGACAGCCCCAGAGGCCGAAGGUCCCCCCGUGCAAAUGGAACCUGUGGACCUAAGCGUGAAGACACCUGUCGUCCUGCAAGUGCCCAGGUACCCGAAACCGCAAAGUCAAAGGGACCAAGUCGCUCACGUUAGAUCGAGAACGAUUUCUUCGGUUUCGCAUAAAAGCUCGCAACAACAAUGCCAACAUCGACCAGCUACAGAUAUUCCUAAACGCAAUGUGAUAAAAUCGGACGUAGUGAUAAGAAAAGGAUUGCUUUAUCCUCCGACUUUGGUGAAUUUGCCCGGUUUAAAAGACGCCGCAUCAUCUUUUUUGAAUUCGGCCGACUCUAAACCCCCCUCGAUUUUAAACAACAACAAUUACGGGGAUUUGUGCGAAGAUGGGAGGCAACAACAAACGGAAAUCGGGAACAAUAACAACAACAACGGCGGAAAUAACAACGCGAGGAGGAGGAAAGUUCAUCGUUGCGAUGUCGUUGGGUGUCACAAAGUUUACACGAAAAGCUCGCAUCUUAAAGCCCAUAAAAGAACACACACAGGUGAGAAACCUUAUGAAUGUUCUUGGGAAGGAUGCACGUGGAAAUUUGCGAGAUCGGAUGAAUUAACGCGACAUUACAGAAAACACACGGGUCAAAAACCGUUUAGUUGCCACCUGUGUCAAAGAUCUUUCAGCAGAUCUGAUCAUUUAUCGCUACACAUGAAAAGACAUUAACAAAAAAGGCCUAAAAGCGAAAUUAAAUCAAAAAAAAAACAUUCCAAGUGCCUAAAAAGAAGCGAAUUUAGCCGAAUUCUGUACAUAAUUAAAGAAUUUUGUACAUUAAAACAAAUAGAUUCUAAUAUAUACACAAAAAAUGUUAAUUGGAACGUUGUGCCAGUUCUGAAGGUCUAGUAUUUUUGUUUAUUAUUAUUUUAUUAAUUAUUAAUUAAUUAAUUAGUAAUAAUAAUUAAGUUUUAACAUUUUUUUGUUCUCAUUACUUGUAGAUUUGUAUCAUAAAUAUAUGUAAUAACGUGUCUUCCAGAUUUUAAAAGAUAAUGUUAAAGUAAUAGGUCAGUUCAGCGAAUUAUUGCGUUUCCUAAUUAAUUAUUAAUUAAAUUUAAGGGUUAAAUUAAAUCGUAAGGCGUAAGUGCAAUUAUUAAACUGUUAAAAAUGAAAAAAAAAAAAAAAUAGGUGCUAAUUAAUUUCGAAUGUAAAGAAUCUCGAUUAAAUGAAAUUAGUUAUUAUUAAAUAAGUUUAAUUAAUUAAUUAAGUUAAAAAGAAACUCACCAGAAGCCAGUAAGAAGGGGGCCAGUAUAUUUAAACAAAUCGAAAAUACAAAUACGAUUAAUUAAUUAA